AGCUGCAAAAUAAAAAACUUCUCAUUUGGAUUUUGGCCAAUUCGGAUAGCUCAAGUAAAGCGACCAUGCUCUAAUUCACAUUCCCUUUUUCCUGCAAUCAAUCAAACAAACAAUGUCAAUUUCCAUGGCCUUGUUUUCUCCCACAACCCACAUCCCAACCCUCUCUCCCUCUUCAUCUUACUCCAAACCCCACUUGACCCACAAGCCUUAUCUUCUCAGACCCAAGAACCCUCUCUUCACGACCAAAGCUUCAGCCGAAAAUGGAGCAGGAGCUCUCGCCCCAGCUGCCACUGCUGUGAAGCCAGAAGCAGAGUCCAAGGUCCCCGAACCCGUCGAGCCUGUUCCGGUGAAGACUGAGAGCUCUGCUGGGGCUAAUGGGUCAGCUGCUGCACCGGCUGAGGAGGUGAAGGUGGUCGGCUUGUUUGAGGACAGCAGAUGGGUCAAUGGGACUUGGGAUUUGAAGCAGUUUGAGAAAAGUGGCAAAACUGACUGGGAUGCUGUUAUUGAUGCUGAGGCUAGGAGGAGAAAAUGGCUCCAGGACAACCCGGAAUCUUCCAGUAAUGAGAACCCUGUAUUCUUUGAUACUUCCAUUGUACCUUGGUGGGCAUGGAUAAAGAGAUACCAUUUACCUGAAGCUGAACUACUCAAUGGUCGUGCUGCUAUGGUAGGAUUUUUUAUGGCUUAUCUGGUUGAUAGCUUGACUGGAGUAGGUCUAGUUGACCAAAUGGGCAAUUUCUUCUGCAAAACAUUAUUGUUCGUGGCUGUGUCAGGAGUGCUUCUGAUCCGCAAAAAUGAAGAUGUUGAAAACCUAAAGAAGCUACUGGACGAGACAACAUUUUAUGACAAGCAAUGGCAAGCAACCUGGCAGGAUGAGACCCCAGCUAGCAGUCCCAAGAAUAAGUAGUUGAAUUGUUGAUGUUUGGCAGUUUGAAUGUAGGUUAUUUUCUUCUUCCUUCAUUUGAGUUACUGUAAUUUCUAUGUGCUAGUGGAGAAUGAAGCCUCAUAUUCAAUCUUUGUAUUUUGGCCCUCAUUGUUAGUACUUGUGCGUUUACAGUGACAAGUCACGUUCGAAAUUUACUGUGGAUCUGUUUUCCUUGUUGAA